AACUACAUCGAUCCACUGCCCCUGCUCCCACCCCCUUCUCGAAUCUGAGCUGAUCUGACCACUCCAGCACCCACAAGAACACGCCAAGGCAGCGUCCGUCCACUCCGCUGCGCGAUCCACCGGAUUCGGUGUCACCGUAAGGAGGUCGCAGCUCGGCUUUGAGGUCUGAGCACAUCCUGGUUGGAUUGGAUCCCUUCCUUUCCUUCCUUGGAGUCUAGCUCAUACUCAAGAUGGAGGAAGAGAAGAAGUCAAAGGAUGAGAUACACCUCAAGAUCAAGAGCAAGGACAAGUCAUCGGACAAUGCAGAGGAUGAGAAGAAGGAGAUCGAGAUAGAAAUCGACGCCAAGGUUGUGGAGAAGGAAGAGGUGAAGGGUGACUCUGGCGAUGGUUCAAAGUCGCUGGCCAAAAGUAAAGAAACUAAGAAAGACAAAGAGAAAGAGAAGAAAAAGAAGUCUGAGAAGCAUGAAGAAGACGAUGAGAAGGUAGGUAAGAAGGAUAUAAAGAAGAAGCCGGAGAAGCAUGAAGAAGAAGAUAAGAAGGAAAGCAAGAAGUCAGAGAAGCAUGAAGACGAUGAGAAGGCAAACAAGAAGGAUAAAAAGAAGAAUCCAGAGAAGCAUGAAGACGAUGACAAGGUAGAUAAGAAGGACAAAAAGAAGAAGCCGGAGAAGCAUGAAGAUGAUGACGAUGAGAAGGCAAGUAAGAAGAAGUCAGAGAAGACUGAAGACGAUGAGAAGGCAAGUAAGAAGGAUAAGAAGGAGAAGGAUAAGAAAAAGAAAGAAGAUGGCGCCGAAGGCUCUGAAAUGGAGAAGGCCAAGAAGGGAAAAGGCAGCAAGGCCGAAAGCAAAGACAGGGACCUCGCUGAGGAUAAAGAUAUCAUCAAGAAGAAUGCAGAAGUUGCAGGAGUAGAGAGCAACAAUGAUUCUGCAUCUGGAGGUUUGGGCACAAGAGAGAUCAAGUUCACAGAUGCUGAUUCACAGAAAAAAGAAACUGAUAUUUCUGAAGAGAAAAAGGACGGCAAGGAUAAAAGAAAGAGAGAGAAGGAGAAGAAACAGGAUGAGAAAAUUAACGAGAAGGGUGUGCAAGGCAAGAAGGAAGAUAAAGAGAAGGAAAAUAAGAAGGAUAAGACAGAUAAAAAGGAAGAAGACAAGAAGAAAGAGAAAGAAGCAAAGAACAAGGAUGGUGAUGAGGAGGAGGAAGAAGGUAAGAAAGACAAAGCGACGAAGGAUAAGAAGAAAGAUAAGACUGACAAGAAGGAAGAAGGUAAGAAGAAAAAUAAUGACAAGGAUGGUGAUGAUGAUGGGGAGGAUGAAGGCAAGAAAGAUAAAGAGAAGAAGAAGAAAGACAAGGGCGCCAAAGAGAAGACAAACGAUCCGGCAAAGCUUAAGAAGAAACUGGAGAAAAUUGACACAAAGUUACAAGACCUACAUGCUGAAAAGGAAGACAUCCUGAGGCAGCUCAAGGGGCUGGAACUGGAAGCAGGAAAGACCACUGAAGAGAAGAAGCCUGUACAGAUACUGGAAGAGAGUGGGAAGAGCAACACCAAGGAAGAGGAUCUUGUUGCUGCACCCUGAUCUUUUGAAGCUCUUUCUAAGUUGUUCACACCUGUUGUAUUACGGUUGUAAGUUGUAACACGAAUUCUGCUCUGGAUAUGUGCGUGCAUUUCUCUGUGCAGUAAAUAACUCUAUAUAGCUUAAGUAUAAGAACAUAUACAAGUGUAUGAUUGUAUUUUUCUCACUCCCGAAAGAUGAACUUUGUAACUCUUGACUAUGGGUCAAUGAAUCACAAAGAUGUUUGCUUUCUUA